CCACACACCUGUCAGCUCCUUGGUCUCUAGCAGCGGCUCCAGCAGGCGGACUCUGGGUCAUUCGCACGCGGGUCUUCUCUCUUGUUGCCUUCCUGUCCUGGCUCCAUUAGUCCUUCCAGAACUCUGGGUUCGGCUGACCUGUGAGGGAAGCGAUCCGCGUUCUGGUUACUGGGUGGGCCAGACAGCAAGGGUCUCUACCUUGAGGAAGCCUGGAGCUGCUGCAUUCAUUCAUUCAGCGUUUGCUGACCCGCUUCCCAGCUCUGCGCCAGCUGCAGGAGAUCCAACAGGGGAAGGACUGGCGAGGCCCCCUUGCCUCCUGGGCCUCACAGCCCAGUUGGAAAGCCCAGCAGCUGCAGCACAGUCCUCAGCAGACAGAGAAAUGAGAAAAAUACCAAAUAAUGGGAACCUGAAGAUGACAAAGGUGGCGUACCCCCUGGGGCUGUUCAUAUGCCUGUUCAUCUAUGUCGCCUACAUCAAGUGGCACUGGGCCUCUGCUACCCAGGCCUUCUUCAGCAUCACUGAGGUGGCAUCAGGGGCCCGGAGGGGCCACCAGGCUCACAGUGCCCCAGGGACAGCUGCACAUGGUCAUGAAGUUUUCUACGGCAUCAUGUUUGAUGCAGGAAGCACUGGAACCCGCGUCCACAUCUUCCAGUUCAGCCGGCAACCUGGAGAAACUCCCACUUUGACGCAUGAGACAUUCAAAGCACUGAAGCCAGGUCUUUCUGCUUAUGCUGAUGAUGUUGAAAAGAGCACUUCAGGAAUUCAGGAAUUGCUGGAUGUUGCUAAACAGGAUGUUCCUUUUGACUUCUGGAAGGCCACCCCCUUGGUCCUCAAGGCCACAGCUGGUUUACGUCUGUUACCAGGAGAAAAGGCUCAAAAGUUACUGCAAAAGGUGAAAGAAGUGUUUAAGGCAUCGCCCUUCCUUGUAGGAGAUGACUGUGUUUCCAUCAUGAACGGAACGGAUGAAGGCGUUUCAGCGUGGAUCACUGUCAACUUCCUAACAGGCAGUUUGAAAACCCCAGGAAGGAGCAGUAUGGGCAUGCUGGAUUUAGGCGGAGGAUCCACUCAGAUCACCUUCCUUCCGAGAGUUGAGGACACCCUCCAGACCUCCCCGCCUGGCUACCUGACGUCACUCCAGAUGUUUAAUCGGACCUACAAGCUCUAUUCUUACAGCUACCUGGGGCUCGGUUUGAUGUCGGCGCGGCUGGCGAUUCUGGGUGGCAUAGAGGGGAAACCUGCUGAGGAUGGAAAGGAGUUGGUCAGCCCUUGUCUGUCUCCAGGUUUCACAGGAGAGUGGGAACAUGCUGAAAUAACAUACAGAAUUUCAGGACAGAAGGCAGCGGUGAACCUCCAUGAGCUAUGUGCCAGCAGAGUAUUGGAAAUCCUUCGAAACAAAGUGCACAGAACGGAAGAAGUGAAGGAUGUGGAUUUUUAUGCUUUUUCCUACUAUUACGACCUUGCUGCAAAUGUAGGCCUCAUAGAUGCAGAAAAGGGUGGCAGCCUCGUCGUAGGAGACUUUGAUAUCGCGGCCAAGUAUGUGUGCCGGACGGCAGAGACCCGGCUGCAGGGCAACCCCUUUCUGUGCAUGGACCUCACCUACAUCAGCCUGCUGCUCCAAGAGUUUGGCUUCCCAGAGAACAAAGUGCUGAAGCUGACUCGGAAAAUCAACAAUGUUGAGACCAGCUGGGCUCUGGGGGCCAUUUUUCAUUACAUCGACUCCCUGAGCAGACAGAAGAGUCCAGCCUUAUAGCGGCCAAGCCGCCCUGGCCAACCUCACAGAAGUGGCUCCGUCUCCAUGAGAACAGACCUUCAUGAGAAUAGACCUUUGUGGAACCCCUUGACAUGUUGGGAAGAACCUGCUACUCUCCCUUUGGCCUUGCAGAGUUGCCCCUGGAUGGGCAGAGGGCUGUAGUGUGACCCAGGCCCAGUGUCUCUUGCCUUGGCUCCAGGUGGACAGUGAACCAGAUAGGGCAAAGGACACAUGACAAGGCCAGGGUGAUGCAGCCACACCAUCCCCGACCUGUCCCUCUCUGCAGGAUGGAGUGGUUGUAACGUGUUUCUGUGAUAAGAGUCUUGUUUUAUCUCCCUGCCCCUGUCUGGUCCCUCCCCCCAUGCCCAGGACAGACCUUCAUCUUCUCCCUAGAGACUCGGUGGGGAGAUUGUACAGGCUCCCUGGCUGCUCUCAGGGAGGGCUGGGUGGCAACCACCAUGCCCUCUGGGACAGGGGUUCUGUCAGACUUGAAUGUGUUUGCCUCCUCCUUGGAUGUAGAUGUGUGAGGUCAUCCAGAGGUCUGUUUUUUCAGGUUCUUGGAUGGCUUGGAGCUGAUAAGAGUUGGCCCUGUGAAUGGGAAGAGGGGCUG